GACGCCCCUGGCGUUUGGUCCAUCAGCUGCUCCUCCAAACGUGAUCAUUUUAAGGUUGCGCACUGCUCCCGGACAUUACGGUAGCAGAGCCCUCAGGUAAAGAUGCAGGUGAGUGAGUGACAGGUAUGAGACAUGAGGCGUCGUGAGUGAAGGACCGCGAUAGCAAAGAGGAAAGUUAAAACUGGAUUCUUUCGUGAGCCGGCCAGUACGGGUAUGGAUGUGAGGGGUCGGAGGGAAUAUUAGCCUAAGCACGUAUAUGGAGCUGUGCAGUCCCAACAUGAAUGAGGGUGGCGGCUCUCUGUGCCAGGUGAAGCAGCUCCCUUGCCACGCUGUCCCCCUCUGUCGCCUAAAGGCCGGGGGACACCACAUGCACAACUCACCCCACCUCACCCACCAGCCUUGGGUUAACCACCCAGCCCCAGCUAUUGCCUCCAGCCCCCCCAUGACAGUCCGUCACAGGGUGAAUGGCGCCAUGGCGUCCAGCUGCAGCAGCUCAGAGUGUGCGGCUUCCAGACUGGGAGAGGAGGCAGCCCGGGGCAGCUCAGCGGGGAAGGUGGUGGUGACGGGAGGAGGGGGAUACUUUGGUUUCAGGCUGGGGCGAGAACUGGCCAGUCAGGGGAUGACAGUGAUCCUUCUGGACAUGAGAAAGCCCCCCUGUGAAAUCCCUGAUGGAGCUAUCUUCUACCAGAGUGACAUCCGGGACUAUCCUUCCCUUCGUAAGGUGUGUGAAGGCGCCGACUGUAUAUUCCACACAGCAUCAUAUGGCAUGUCCGGACCCGAGCAGCUGAAGAAAGACCAGGUGGAAUCGGUCAAUGUUGGAGGGACAAAUAACGUCAUAAAUGUGUGUAAGGAGAGGAGCAUCCCCAGACUGGUCUACACCAGCACCAUCAACGUGGUGUUUGCUGGGAAACCCAUCGAUGAGGGUGACGAGGCCUCAGUGCCAUAUGUUCCCUCUGAUGCACACAUCGAUCACUACUCUAGAACUAAAUCGAUUGCAGAGCAGAUGGUUCUCUCUGCCAAUGGCUGCAUCCUGAAAGGUGGUGGUCUACUUCGAACAUGCGUCCUUCGGCCAUGUGGGAUCUACGGACCAGAAGAGAGGAGACACCUUCAUAGAGUCAUGGUGAACGUGGAGCGACGGUUGUUUACCUUCAGGUUUGGUGACUCUCAGGCCAUGAUGAACUGGGUGCACGUAGAUAACCUGGUGAAGGCCCACACGCUGGCAGCCGAGGCUCUCACUCUUCAGAGGAGCUGUGCCGCUAGUGGUCAAGCCUAUUUCAUCAAUGAUGGCGUUUCAGUCAAUCUCUUUGAGUGGUUGACACCGUUGUUUGAAAAGUUGGGCUACAGCAGACCGUUGAUAAACCUGCCUGUAUCGCUCGUCUAUUCAACAGCUAUCCUGGUGGAAUAUUUGCACAUAUUUCUGAGACCUGUUAUAGAAGUGCCUCUCCUCUUCACCAGAAGUGAGGUGAGGAACAUAGCAGUGAGUCACACCUUUAAGAUCAACAAGGCCCGUCAGGAGCUGGGUUACUCUCCAAAGUCCUACGACCUGGCAGACUCUGUGGAGCAGUAUCUGAAGUCCAGACAGCCUAGCACUAGUUCACAUCCCCUCAAAUCCUCCUGGAUCUCCCAGAUGGCCCAGCACCUCGUUCUGGUGCUGCUGCUGGUUUUCAGCCUGGUUUUACUGAUGCUAUCCUGUAUACUCUGUCAGGACUGAAUAGUUCUCAGUGGAGAAACUAGAUUAGAAGGACAACGUAUUUAGAUAACUUGUUUCUUUUUCAACAGUUUGGCUUAGACGUAUUAUAGUAAGUCAUAUCUUGUGUAUCCCCCCCCCCCCCCAAAGUCAUGGUGAAUUUCUCUGUAUGCAUAUAUAGAAUAUGCCCUUGAAUGAGUCAGUGGGUCAGGAAAUUUAUUUUUGUGCUUCAUAUAGUAAAUUCUUCCAACUCUUUCAUGUUGGUACAUGUGUGUGUCUGAUUUUCAUAUUAUGAAACAACCAAGUUGCUGGAAAGUAUUAACUUUUAGUUGUGUAAAUGUUGUGGAAUAAUUAACUAUACAGUUUGACUAUGAUGGUAUUAAAGGAAAAAUAACCAUGUUUGUACUCCAAACAUUAAAACUUUGAGUGUAUGUAAAGGGUGCUUCUAGGUUCCAUGAUAGAAAUGUUAACUGAUUCACUAACAUUUAGAGUUUAGUCAGUAUUUA